CCCGGACGCGUGACGGGGGCGGACGGCCGGGCUGGCGGCGCUUCCGGCGGGAGCUGAGCGGGGCCCGCCAUGGGCAUCCUGGAGAAAAUCUCGGAGAUCGAGAAGGAGAUCGCCCGCACGCAGAANNUUCCAGCCACCGAGUACCAUCUGGGCCUGCUCAAGGCAAAGCUUGCAAAAUACAGAGCUCAGCUGCUGGAACCCUCCAAAUCGCCGGCUGCAAAGGGCGAGGGCUUCGAUGUGAUGAAAUCAGGAGAUGCCCGGGUGGCACUGAUCGGUUUUCCUUCUGUGGGGAAGUCCACGUUUUUGAGUUUAAUGACCUCGACUGCCAGCGAAGCCGCGUCGUACGAGUUCACCACGCUGACCUGUAUCCCAGGAGUCAUAGAAUACAAAGGAGCCAAUAUUCAGCUGCUGGAUCUGCCWGGAAUCAUCGAAGGAGCAGCACAAGGGAAGGGCAGAGGCCGGCAGGUGAUCGCUGUGGCCAGGACAGCAGAUGUUGUUAUCAUGAUGCUGGAUGCCACCAAGGGYGAGGUGCAGAGGGCCUUGCUGGAGAAAGAACUGGAAUCUGUAGGAAUCCGGCUGAACAAAAGCAAACCAAAUAUUUACUUCAAGCCCAAGAAGGGUGGAGGCAUCUCCUUCAACUCCACUGUCACAUUGACUCAGUGCUCUGAGAAGCUGGUGCAGCUCAUCCUCCAUGAAUACAAAAUCUUCAACGCCGAGGUGCUGUUCAGAGAGGAUUGCUCCCCUGAUGAGUUCAUUGAUGUGAUUGUAGGAAACAGGGUCUACAUGCCGUGCCUCUAUGUUUAUAACAAGAUUGACCAGAUAUCCAUGGAGGAGGUGGAUCGCCUUGCUCGGAGGCCCCACAGUGUUGUCAUCAGCUGUGGCAUGAAGCUGAACCUGGACUACUUGCUGGAAAAGCUCUGGGAAUACCUGGCACUUACCUGCAUCUACACCAAGAAACGAGGACAGAGACCAGACUUUACAGAUGCCAUUAUUCUACGGAAAGGGGCCUCUGUGGAACAUGUGUGCCAUCGGAUUCACAGAUCAUUAGCCAGCCAGUUCAAAUAUGCCUUGGUGUGGGGGACAAGCACAAAGUACAGCCCUCAAAGAGUGGGCUUAACCCAUAUGAUGGAGCAUGAAGAUGUCAUUCAGAUCGUGAAGAAGUAACUGCUGGUGCCUGGCCUUGUCUUUAAUCACUGCAAUUGGAACUGACCAUAUAAAACAAAACA